AUGCUGACUUUUGUCAACUCAAAAUCACGUUUGCGAAAUUCGCGUUUGCAAUAAUAUUUGCCAAAACAAAACACACAACCUUCAGGUGUCAAAAGUGUUUUUUUUGGGUCCGAUCGUUUUUUCUCCAAUGGCCUUCUCGAGAACCGCUCUUCUCUACCAUCGAUUCUCCAGACAACACCAACUCCACAGACCAUUCACCACGAAACCAGACAACAACACAUUCCUCCAUCCCAACCAAUCCGAACUCGCCCAAAACCUAAUCACAAUCUUCACAACAAGACAACCUUUCUCCCCUUCCGACCCCGAACUGCUCCGUCUCGCUCCCGAGCUCAACACCAAGGUAGUCGAAACCGUCUUGAACGGAAUCACAAGAUGGGCCUCGGCUCAUCUCUUCUUCAACUGGGCUUGUCAACAGCAAGGCUACCGAAACGAUAUGUACGCUUACAACGCAAUGGCUUCUAUCCUAUCACGUGCUCGACAAAAUGCCUCACUGAAAGCUUUGGUUAAAGACGUUAUAAACUCUCGCUGUUUCAUGUCUCCAGGAGGGUUAGGGUUCUUCAUCAGGUGUUUGGGUAACGCUGGGCUUGUGGAAGAAGCGAGUUUUGUUUUUGAUCGAGCUAGAGAGAUGGGUCUUUGCGUUCCCAAUGUGUACACUUAUAACUGUUUGUUGGAAGCGGUUUCUAAGUCGAGUUUGAGCUCGGUUGAGUUGGUUGAGGAGAAGCUGGAGGAGAUGAGGCGCUGCGGGUUUGAUUUCGAUAAGUAUACGCUCACGCCAGUUUUAAAGGUUUACUGCAACGCUGGAGAGUUUGAGAAAGCGUUGAGUGUUUUCAAUGAGAUAAUUAGUCGAGGCUGGCUUGAUGAGCACAUCUCAACGGUUUUGGUUGUGUCGUUUUGUAAGUGGGGGAAGGUGGAUAAGGCUUUUGAGUUGGUUGAGAUGCUGGAAGAGCGUGAGGUUAGGUUGAAUUACAAGACGUGUUGUGUUUUGAUUCAUGGGUUUGUGAAGGAGUGUAGGGUUGAUAAAGGGGUUGAGUUGUUUGAGAAGAUGCGUGGGAUGGGUAUGGAGGCUGAUAUCGCGUUGUAUGAUGUGUUGAUUGGAGGGUUGUGCAAGGCUAAAGAUCUUGAGAGGGCUUUGAGUUUGUAUUUGGAGAUGAAGAAGUCGGAAGUUAGACCUGAUAGAGGUGUACUUGGGAAGCUGAUACGUUCGUUUUCUGAAGAAAGUGAGUUAAGUCGGAUAAUAAAAGUGAUUAUUGGAGAUAUAGACACGAAAACUGUGAUGCUUUUGUACAAAACUUUGUUGGAGGGGCUUAUUCGGAAUGGUUUGGUGAAUGAUGCUUGCAGUUUUAUUCAGAACCUCAUGGGAGAUUACGAGUCGGAUUAUGAGUCUGAGAUUGUUCAGCUUCUAAAGGAUCAGAAUAAAGCAAUUCUCCCAGAUUCUGAAACUCUUAACAGUGUGAUUGAUUGCUUGGUGAAAGCUAAUAAGGUGGAUAUGGCAGUGAGCUUGUUACAUGUUAUUGUUCAGAACGGUCUUACCCCAAGUCUUAUGAUGUACAACAACGUAAUCGAGGGGUUGUGUAAAGAAGGAAGGUCAGAAGAAAGCUUGAAACUGUUGGGGGAAAUGAAGGAACCAAGUCAAUUCACACUUAACUGUAUUUAUGGUUGCUUGGCUGAGCGGUGCGAUGUUGCAGGAGCAGUCGACUUACUGAAAAAGAUGCGUUUCUAUGGAUUUGAGCCAUGGAUAAAGCACUCAACCUUACUUGUCAAAAAGCUCUGUGAGAAUGGGAGAGCCGUUGAUGCUUGCAAAUACCUUGAUGAUGUGGCUGGAGAAGGUUUCUUUAAUCACAUGGUUGCCUAUACUGCUGCAGUUGAUGGUCUCGUAAAAAACGAGGGAGUGGACAGAGGUUUAGAGCUAUUCCGAGACAUAUGUGCCAGUGGUCAUUCCCCUGACGUGAUUGCGUACAAUGUAAUGAUAAAAGCUCUGUGUAAAGCAUCUCGAACUACUGAAGCUGAUGACUUGUUUAACGAAAUGGUAUCAAAAGGACUAAAAGCGUCUGUUGCUACUUAUAACAGUAUGAUAGAUGGAUGGUGCAAGGAAGGUGAGAUUGAUAGGGCCAUGUCUUGUGUCGCGAGGAUGUACGAGGAUGAGAAAGACCCUGACGUCAUUACCUACACUAGCUUAAUCCAUGGGCUAUGCGUUAGUGGAAGGCCUGGUGAAGCAAUCUCUCGUUGGAAUGAGAUGAAGAGCAGAGAUUGCUGUCCGAAUACAAUUACCUUCAUGGCGCUUAUUCAGGGUCUUUGCAAAUGUGGCUGGUCGAAUGAAGCUUUGGUUUAUUUUCGUGAGAUGGAAGAAAAGGAAAUGGAGCCUGAUUCAGCUGUUUACUUGUCGCUCAUAAGCUCUUUUCUGUCGAGUGGAAACAUCAGUGCCGGGUUUGAGAUAUUCAGAGAAAUGGUUUGUAAAGGAAGGUUUCCGAUUUUAGUAGAUAGGAACUACCUGCUUGCUGUUGAUGCUACAAAUAAGUUUGUGGCAGACUUUAGGACAUCAUGUUAUCUUACAGGUCUGAUUAAAGACGGCAGAUUGCCUAUUGUAGCUGCUGUGAGUAGACAAUGAAGUAAACGCUUCUAAUUGAAAGAGGGGUUACUUAUUGAGAUUGGUUGCAGAGCUUUUCAGCUAGUGUUUUGGCAAAAGCUUAGUUUUGAAAGCAAUAAAAAGCUACCUCCUUAUUACUAACCUUGGUCUGAUGCCAUGGACCCAGCUUUGUCUUCCAAGGCGCAGAGGUGAACUAUAUGGAUCAGUACUUCAAUGUUGGGUGCUUUGCUUAACGGGUGUAUUACUAUUAACCAUGGAAACUUGGAACUUGCGGAAACAGUUGCAGAGAAGCUUGUAGAGUUGCGACCCCAGAAUGAUGGACGAUAUAUGGGGGCUAGCAAACGUUUAUGCGACCAGUAUCAUGGCUUGGUCAACGAGAGAAGCAAUGGAGAAGAAAGGGGUGAAGAAGAUUGCAGUAAACAGUAUCAUCAUUGAAUUGAAUGGGAACACCACAGAUUCAAAGCUCAUGACAAAACACAUUUUUGACUCGGAGGAGAUCUAUUCAGCGUUACAUCUGGAUGGAUCCCAAUGUUGACAAUGACUACAGUCAAGACUAUUGUUGCGUUUGUUCUUGAUCAUAUGCUACAGUACCAUGACUACAUUUGUCCAAUAAGAUUAUUUGGGUCAAAGUAAAAUAUAGAGAAACAUGGAUCCACUCUUUUUUCCUUGUAAUGGAAGAUACACAAUUAAAAGUUUCAAGCAAACUGGAUUUAUUCAGUCCAUCA